GAGUCAUAGUCACCCUUUCCUUCCUGACCGUCAUCUCCUCGUAUCCUUCACAGCUCGUGUGCUGUGUGGUCUUGGGCCCAAAACUAUAAAAUCGACUUUCAAUAGCUUCUCUCGGCAUAUCAUCCAGGUGCCUUGUGCUCCGAGAGUGUCGGAAAACAGAUUUAUCUGGAAGCUUGAAAACUUUCUUCCUCAACUUCAAAGUCGCGCAUCCUCCUAUGUCGAUCCUUUCAUGCCUUUCGUCAACUUUGAAGGCGAGGCUUUUUGCUUCACAGACCGCCGCAAAGUCCUCAAGAUUCUGUCGAGUUUCUCAACUCCGGGCUUCACUACCAACUCAUCGGAGUACGCUUUUAGCGGCUUCGCGAUCGUUCAGAACACAUGCUAAGCAAAUACGGCGUCCUCAUUCCAUCCUGAUUGUCAACAAGCUACGGACGAAACCUGUGGUAGACGCUAUCCAAGCUCUUCUCGAAUAUAUUCGAUCAAAGUAUCCCGAUGUUACAAUAUACCAUGAAGACAGGCCAGAUAUCCCGGAGGGUGUGAAGAUGUGGCGUCCAGGGCCUGGCUCAGACCCUAUCGACCUGGUUGUAACACUGGGUGGGGACGGUACAAUACUACAUGCAUCUUCGUUGUUCAAAGUUGGCGCGGUGCCGCCAGUCCUCAGUUUCUCUAUGGGCACUUUAGGGUUUCUCCUGCCGUUUCACAUUGAUGACUUCGCCAAGGCCAUUGAUAGCGCGUUCGAAGGCAAGGCCGUAGUACUACAUCGCAUGCGUUUGUCAUGCAGUUUCCAAGACAGGGAUGGGGAGAGCAUUGGGAGCAAAAGCGAAGAAUGGCAAGUGAUGAAUGAGGUCGCUCUACAUCGUGGCUCAAGUCCACACUUGAAUACCAUCGACGUCUUUGUGGAUGGACAACAUUUGACAGAGGCGGUGUCAGAUGGCUUGAUUGUCGCAACCCCGACAGGAUCGACAGCAUAUUCCCUAUCAGCGGGAGGCCCCAUAGUCCACCCAGGAUUAAGCGCAAUUGUCCUGACGCCAAUAUGUCCACGAAGUUUAUCUUUCCGACCAUUAGUGUUCCCGUCAUCGUCAUCUAUCACUCUCCGGAUUGGGGACCGUAGUCGCGCUUCGGCAGGGCUGUCGAUGGAUGGUCAAGUAUCGCACGUCUUAAGUCCGGGAGAGUCUGUAACGGUUCAAGCUUCGCUAUAUCCGAUACCUUGUAUCAAUCGGUCAUCUAUCGCGGAUCCUGAUGAAAGUCGACAAGGUGUUGGUCCUGGAAAGGAAGACGAUUGGGUGCGAGAUAUCAACAAUCUGUUGCAGUAUAACGCCACGUUCCGAAGUAAAGCGUUGUUGCGACAUAGUCGCACCUAGGCACAGUGUAGUUACUUAUGUGAGUAAGCUGAUUGUGUAACAGCGUUAUGGUGACUGAUACUUGUGCGAAGUCGUUUACAGCUUCUGUCAUGUUCAUGUACCCUAGCCGCAUCUUUGGCAAUACGAAACAACGAUGGAUAGCUCCUGUUUCUUUGUUUGUUUACCUCCGAAAAAUCAUCUACAAUUAUCGGCUCGGGAUCCAACAGGAGUGUCUAGGUGGGUUUUUGAGUUCCUAAUACUAGGCGUUUCGUCUUAACCCACACGCACAUGUCCUCAGAGCUCUGCAUGUAAACCAGUGAGGAUCCAACAGGAUUGUGUUGUGGGUCCGAUCUGUGGCAACUCCUGGCUUCAUCUCAUACUUUCACCUGAUAUUCGUGACGGAUUCAUCUUCCCGAGACUUACGCU